CUCAAAUAGAGUAGGAUGGGCACAUUUGCGCCAGAUAAGAUUUUCGCGCCGAACACGAAACACGUGCUCCAAGUUAAAGCAGACGAUUCACAUAUUUUUGACGGACAUAUAAAACCAAACUAACACGAUGACGAACAGGGUUGACUCAGUAGGAAAUCAAAUAGCCAAGAUGAAGACUUUCGGAUUCGGCCUGAAAGCAUUCAGAAAAUACUGGGAGUUGGUACCCCUUGGGGUAAUCAUUGGUACGGCCUGCGUGGGAGUUGCAUCCUUUAGCGUGUACGCUGCUGUGUGUAAGAAUGAUGUUGUCAUCAACAAGAGGAACGACAUCCCACCAUGGGAAAGGAGCCACCCUGAAAAGCCAUCAAAACUCAUUACGAUUAACCAGAAAUACGAAAAAAUCCCAGAAUUAGAGAAAUUACGAAAAGAAAUCGGAAGCUAUCGAUACUAAACCAAAGAAAACUAACGAAAUCCAAACUUUUAUUUUUUUGUAAUUGUGCGCCAUGGAUCUGUAGCAGGUGCGAGGCUGCCAGGCCCUGCCCAAUUUUGUCGAGUUCCUCAAGUCAACUUCCUAAUCUUUCGACCUUGAGUCUCUACUCAAAUUUCGCUAAACUCAACCUAAUGUGUUGAGUCGGUUCUUUCGUUGGACCGACUCAAUUUCGGACCAGCCAAGGUUUCAGUGGACCUGAAAUCAAUGGAAAAGACAAGAAAUCGAUCCUUUUGCUCGGUUUGGACAACUCAGCCAAAUCUGGGCUUGGAUUGGAAGACGAAAGUUGCCUCCAGUGAGUUUUAGUGGAGUGGAGUGGAGAGGAGAACAGUACUGCCAUCUGGGGACUUGUGUAGACACUACAUGUAGCACUAAUCAGCAGGUCCUCGCAAAUCUUGGGUACCAAGUACCAAAAGUCAAUGUUUGUUUUUCUGAGGAUGACAAACCCUUUAUGCUACAACAAAAACAGUGAGUUUCUAACAAGGUCUCAAAGAACUUAACGAAAAAAUCUGCGUAAAAAACGUUUUUUAAAGAAAUGACUUUGCCAAAACGUAAGCUCUAUGUGAUGCCUCCUAAGCCAAAUUCUCAUCUGUCAACCAGGGUCAUGUGCUGCCACCUAGUGACGUUUCCUAUAUCGUCAAAUGGUGGCAGCACUGGCAAACAUCUGUAAAUAUUCAGCGUCAUUAUUCUGUACUCAAGAAUGUAAAAAUUAGAGAACUGUGACCAACUUCGGAAUGUUUUAUGGUUUUAUGCGACACAAUUUCACCAUAAGAAAGCGACGAUUUGGUUUCUCAUUUACUCACCAGGGGUAACAAGACAAUUGCUCAUCACAUCGCCAACUAUACUAUUAUGUGACGUUGGGACUACAUGUAGUUUUACGUCAGAUGAAAUACAUGUAUGCCGCUGUGGGAUUCCCCGAUUGUCUUGUCCCCCUAUUGAGUGAUCUGAAACCAAUAUAACCAUAUUAUUCUUCAUCGAGAGUGUAAAAUCUGAGAAUGAGCCGAACUUUGAAAUGUUAGUUGUGUAGUAAAUUAUAAA